AUGCCACCACCGUCUUUUUCACUGCCACCAUUGGCGCUAUUGCAGGCCAUAGUAGAUUGUCCUCCUGCUAGUUAUAACUUUCGUCUUCUCCUAAUCCUAUCCUUCACUGAAGGCAAACAUUCUUCACUUCUCGUCGAAGCGAUGGCGGCGGCGACAGCGCUUAGUUUUAAUUUGGUUGGAGCUUUUAGAGGACUUUCGUUUGGUUCAAGUUCUUCAUCUUCCUUCUUCAAAGGAGAUUUUGGAUCGGUUCCCACUGCGCGUAAGAUUUCAAUUUCGCUACCGAUAAGAACCCCAUUGACGAUACAGAAUGCGCACAAAAAAGGAGCUGGAAGUACAAAGAACGGUCGUGAUUCAAAAGGUCAGAGGCUUGGUGUUAAGAUUUACGGAGACCAACUUGCGAAGCCUGGCGCAAUCAUUAUUCGACAACGCGGAACAAAGGUGCAUCCAGGAAAGAAUGUUGGGAUUGGCAAAGAUCACACUAUUUUCUCUCUAAUUGAUGGAUUGGUGAAGUUUGAGAAAUUUGGACCUGAUAGGAAAAAGGUGAGUGUUUACCCACGUGAAGUGCAGCCAGAAAAUCCAAACAGUUACAGAAAUAGGAAGAGAGAAUCAUUCAGGCUACAGCGUGAACGCAGGAAAGCACGAAAAGAGCUUAGGGAAGGGACUGCUGUCCAACCUCUGUUGGUGCUGGCUUCAGCUAAAGGACUGUUACUGCUACUGACACUGUCACUGCCGACGCCAAUGUCGAUUGCUGAUUUAGGACUUCACAAAGUAAUCAUGUUUCAUGAGAAAUGAUAACAUUUGGACAAUGUCUGUGUCACAGUUUACAAGUAUUAUUUUUUUGUAUGUGUAUUAUUUUCUGUGAAAAUGGUGCCUGUAAAGUACUCUUCAAGUUUUUUCCUACUUCCAACCAUAUUAAGCUUCUACUCUUUAUUAGCCUACAUAUUAAAAAGAAAGCUUACAGCUUGAUACAGGCAUAUUCUGUUUUAUGCAGUUUUUCUUCUAUUUUAUACAAUCUUUCUUUCACUUUUUGAGAAAGCAAUCAUCAAGACAUAAAUCAGUGGAUUAAUGUCACAUGUAGGCUAUACCCACCAACUAUAACUGGUUUUCAUUCGUUUGAUUGUACCCCAAGAAGUUGGCACAUAUUUUUUCUUGUCAAUCUCACCAUUUUAUAGAUCAGUGGGUGAUGUGGCAUUUACAUGGCAACAGUUGUACAUGUUAUGUCUAAGUGAGCUUUUUAUAUAUAAUUUACAAAAACC